GGAAAAUUUGAAUCGAACGAGAAUAACGGCCGCAACCGUCAAGAAGCGAGCAGCUGGAGAGCUAGAGACACCGGAGGUAGGGAGGGCGAGAGAGAGACAGAGAAACCCAGAGACACCGACACAUCCAGAGGGUGAGAUCCUGAGAGGAGGAGAGGGAGACCGGACACCGUGAUUUCCCGCUAAACUGACCCCCCGUGAGGGAGCGGACCCGGCAGAGCCGCGGGAUGGUGAGAAAAAGUGAUGCUCUGGCCACAGAGUCAGUGACAUGUCUCAAUGGAGCACUUGCCCAUCUACGGAAUAUCUGGGAAGAGAUAGGGAUUCCAGAAGAUCAACGAUUACAAAGAACUGAAGUUGUUAAAAAGCAUAUCAAGGGCUUAUUGGAUAUGAUGAUUGCAGAGGAAGAAAAUCUGAGGCAGAGGCUGAAAAAGAGUAUCGAUAUGUGCCAGAAGGAACUCCACGCUGUGUGCCAGGAACUCAAUUUGGUUGUUUACUUGCCAGAAGAAGAUUGCACAAUGCUGCAAUUGGAGAAAGAUCUGCGGACACGAUUGGAGGUUCUUCUGAAGCAGAAGAAAGAGAGGAUGCUGAAAUUAAAGAGCCUUAAAGAUCAAGAUGAGGAACUUUGUGACAUUCUCUGUGCAACAGCCUAUCCCAUUGAUGCUGACGCUGUCCCUAGUCUUCAACAACUUGAUGCAUUUCAAGAGCAUAUUGCUUCACUUAAUAUAGAGAAGGAACGUAGAAGGGCUGAGUUUGUUGAAACAAAGAGAAAAAUCAUUCUUUGUAUGGAGGAACUUGACCAACUGCCAGACACCAGUUUUGAAAGAGAUAUUGUGUGUGAGGAUGAAGAUGCUUUCUGUCUGUCCAAUGAGAAUAUUAUCGGUCUGAAAACACUUCUUCAACAGUUGGAGGUAAAGAGAAGUCAGAAUGAGAGCAAAUGCUCCGAGCUGAGAAAUCAAAUAAUUAACCUGUGGGACUGGCUGCAAAUUUCCCAAGAAGAACGUGAUACCUUUUCUGCAAACAUGGUUGGUUCCAGGGCUAAGACAAUGCAGGCAUUGCAGACAGAGUUGGAGCGCCUCGAAAUCCUUAAACAACAGAACAUGAAAAAUGUGAUUGAAUCAGUCAGACGAGAGCUGGCAACACAUUGGGAGAAAUGUUUCUUUAGUUCUGCACAACGGCAAGAAUUUGCUCCAUACUAUGAUGAGGACUAUACGGAGGAACUAUUGCAGCUACAUAACCUGGAGCUUAAUCGACUAAAGGAGUACUACCAAGCGCACCAACAACUUUUUGAGGGUAUCUGGAAGUGGGAAGAAAACUGGAAGCUUUAUCUGAGUUUUGAGAAGAAAGCAGCAGACCCAAACCGGUUCACCAACCGAGGGGGGAAUCUGUUAAAAGAAGAAAAGCAGAGAACAAAGCUUUGCAAAAUGCUACCGAAACUGCAGGAAGAGUUGAAAAUUCAGAUUGCUGCUUGGGAACAGGAACAUCAUUCGCAGUUUCAAGUUAAUGGACAAAAUUUUAUGGAUUAUGUGACAGAACAAUGGGAACUGCAUAAAUUGGAGAAAGAACGAGAGAAACAAGAGCGGCAACUGAAAAAGAACAAGUUAAUUGAGGAGGAGAUGCUGUAUGGCAGUGCCCCCAAAACCCCAAACAAAAGAAGGCUUAAUGCACUGAAUACCCCAGGGAAAUUACGAAAGCUAAAUGGUACGUCAAUCGCCAAUGCCACCCCAAACAGCACCCUUCGCUGCGCCACUGGCGGUAGUGUUUGUUACUCACCCAUCUCCCGACCCCCACUAUCAGGACGCAAGCCAGGACAACCUGUGCGCACACCAGGAUAUUCAGCUACAAAGCCCCCUCGUUUUGGCCUGGUUGAAAGGAAUAAAGAGAACAUUUCUCAUCUCAAUGCAACAGCAAUGAGUGGUGCGUCCACCGUCUCCACCCCACAGCAUAAUCUCAGCAUAAAUUCAGUUGCCACCACAUAUUCUGAGUUUGCGCGAGAACUUUCAAAAGCUUCCAAAUUUGACCGUCAGUCACGAAUUCUCAACUCUACAACCAGCAACAUCCAAACCUGAUCUGUCAGCAAGAAACCAGUGGAGAGUUGGACUACUCAGAAAUUACACCUGCAUGUGCACAAAAUGAAGUCUGCAUAUACUCUAUAUAAUGUGUUGUGAUUGAACUGGCAUGUUAGGAUGUAUUACUUCAAACUCAAAUGCAGAUUAUGUGAAAAAUGCAGCAGAUGACCACAAGUAAUACAAAUGUUUUCCUAAACUGUACAUAAAAUAAAAGUCAUUGUCAAAUGGGAAUUAAUAACCAUGAGCAUAAUUUUUAGGUGUACUUCUAAUGUGAAGAAUUUCAAAUUUUCCUGUUGAAUAACCCUCAACCAUUGCACUACAUUUGAAGCUAAAUUCAAAAUACUAAUAUUCCAAAUGUUUUAAGAAGUUGCUUUCUUGAAACACUGAAAGAGGUAGAAGGAUCAGCAAUUAGGAGAUUUCAAAGCUCAACUGCAAAAGUUUUUUUACCCACUAAACUAUCUUGUCCAAUUUCUGUUUUAAGUACUGUAUGAAAGUUGCAUGCCAGUACUUUCUAAAGUUAAAAUGAUCUAUUUUUUGGUCAUCGAUCUAUCUAAUCACUUAAUUUACAGUUUCAAAGUAGCCUGCAAUAAAUUACUUUAAUUCCAUUGUUAAGCAGAAAACCCAAACCCUUCAUGCUGGUACUAAUUGUGUUACUUUCCUAAUUCACCGUAUUGUGUGUAAUACUAAACUUAAUGAAACCUUGUCGAGAACUUGGCAGAGCCUGUAAAUGUUUUCUGUCUUUAAACUUUUAUAUCACUGAUAGCAAAAAUGAACUCCAACAGUAUAAUUGACUAUGCCAACCAAACAGUUGUGAAUUAGAUUAAUGGAAAGUAAUGACGUUGACAUUAAUGUUAGAUCCCAUUCAGAUUAAUAUAUAUUGAUACCUAAUAGGCUGAUAAUUCUUAACAUAUUCCGUGUUCCCUGUGUUUGCCUUUUUCACAUAAUCAGCUUUCAUGAUCCUUUUGUGCCUAGUUUAAAAUAAUUUCUGCAGAUUUAGAUUGUGUAAAUAUUAUUUUAUUAAGCUAAUCAUGAAGUUUUGCACCUUUUUAUAUUUUCUCUUAUUUAUUCAUAUUAACUUCUUUCUUUUUUAAUAAUUUACAAAUUUUAUGUAAAGUAGUUAUGAGUGAUGAAAAGUUUUUAAACACUAAUGAUUAGUCACAGCUGCAGAGCCGUUGCUACCAAAUAGUGUAAUAUUCUCUGGGCUGGCAUUAACUUAUCUACUAUUUGAGAAGAUUCUCAGUUUGCUGUAUAUUGCAUAUGAUUUUCUGUAUUUGGUUGAAUUAAUUCAUUAGUGUAAGUACAAUUUAUUGAAUCUUGGGAGUGAACAGUCUUCUAUCAUAGAGGUUUUCAUCUUCAGUUAACUUAAAGGGGAAGGAAAGCCUAGGUGGAGUUCUUUAUUUUUGAGUAAUCUCUCACUUUUUUUAAGAUUUUUAAAAUAUGUAAAAAUCAUUAUUUACCAAGUUUCAAUGGAGCUGGUCUGGUGUAUGCAAUUGCUGUUAGAAGUAUUCGGCAAAUUGAUAGAGGACAUCCCUGAUCCUGAUGUAUCUUGAGGCCAAAAUAAUAAUUGGUUUUUUAAUAAAAUGAACUGGAAUGACCUUGAUAUGUCAUGCUUAUCAGUUAAUGUAUAAAUUGCAAAUUAGGUUGCUUAAAACAAAACAUUUAUCUUGAAUUUCAUAUUUUCUUAGCAUUCCAUCUGGAACUGCAGACAGGUCAUAAGAGCUUCAAAGGAUGUUGACCAAUUUAUUUUUGCCUUUCAGUAGUGCAGUCUAACUAGAAAAUUCAGAGCAGCUCCAUCAAAAGCUUUUUGCCAAAAGGCAAGUUGGGUAUUCACCAAGCCUUUUUCUUCAGAUGCUGGUAAAACCAAUGAUCAAAAUGUAUCCCAUUCUGUUGUGUUGUAAUUUAUAUAUCACCAUUAUAGCAGCAAAUAUAUAACUUUGAUGAUUUGAAACCACUUUAUAUGAACAGAUCCUUUGAAAAAUUACUCUCAAUGAGAAAAGGAUAUGGAUAGAGGUAUUUGUUCAUGAUUUGCUGAAAACGAGUCCUGUGCUCGUCUGAAGAAAAUCAAGGCCAUUUUGAAUAGUUUAAUGAUUUGAAAAUUCAGGUUCAGAGUUGACUGCCAUGGGCAGAAUCUGUGGGUAAGAUGGACAAACAAAGUUAGUACUUUUUUUUUUGGCAAUGUCUCCAUGCAGCAGUGAAUCAUGUGCCUCUGUUUUAACUCAAGAUCCAUUGAACUUUACAAAUUGUUCAGAUAUUUUUCUGCCAACCUUAGAAAUUUGAACAAUGCCUUUUUUCUUUUUGAAAAGACCAUAAACAUUUUUCUGUAAAUCUAUAAAUUUCCAAUGAGUAAAGGUACCCAAGAAAAGUUAAUGUAAUUAAAUCAAACUAAGUGCCAAGGUGUGUACAUAUCAUCUAAGAUGGGAUUGCACCCCACCAUGUUUAUACAGAACAACCUAAGCUACAGCAAGUACUUUGGAACUCUAUGCCUGUAAGGACAGGGUGGGAAAUCUUUUUGGUGACUUAAGCUCUAAAUAUUAGCAAAUAUGAUGUCAGCAUUGUAUGACUACUGGUUUGAGCAUACCUUUAAACUGUACAAUGUUUUGAGUUUCAGUUUAACUGUCUAUUCAUCAUUUGCACAUCUAAAGUCUUGUGUACUAUUUAUAUCUUGCUUUUACCCCACAUCAGCCGAAAACACAGCAAAUCAACUGUUGCCCUUACGCGUAUUGUAGUAGUAUUAAUUACGAAAAGCUGAAAUACUGUAUCAUUUGUAAUAUUGUCAUGUGACCCCAAACAUGUAAUCUAUGUGCUUGCAUUUGAAUGCAAUUCAAGGCGGCUACCCUGCUCUAUUUGAAUUUCAUUCAGCAUCUCCCUUCAUUACUGUAAUUUCUGAAGAGCCAACUUUCAGCACUAAUUCACAAUGCGUCAGUGUAUGAAAAAAAAAUCAUUGAAAUGUGUGGUGUCCUCAUUACUUGUAUCUGUGCCAUUUUGAUGUAAAUGUCAAAUUAUUUCUUGCCAUUUCAGCAGAGAAUAGAUGAAAGCAUGCAAGUAUUUAAAAGUUACAACAGUAUAGAGUAGGGACCAAGAAGUUUGCACAAGUAUAUAAGGAAUAGAACUGUAUGGAUUAUUGUAAAGUAUUUAACAUUUUCAUUUGAGAUGUGUACAUUGCUGGUAACAGUAAGUAUUGUCCAUCCCUAAAUGCUUUUGAAAUGGAACGAGUGAGUGAUGACCUUGAGUCAUUGUAAUCUGAUGUAGGAUCGGAGUUCCAAGUUCUGACCCAGUGAUUAAUUUAUAAUAGUUCCAAGUCAAGUUGGUGUAUAGUUUUGAGUGGAACUUGCAGGUCGUGACAUUACCAGGUUUUUGCUGGUCUUGUUCUCUGGCUGGUAAAGAUUCUGGGUUUGGGUUGGUCCUGUCACAUGACCCUUAAAGUUGUUCAAAUGCAUCUUAUAGGGAAUGUUGAAUUUGCUGGGAAUGCCAAUCAAGUGAGCUGCUUUUUGAAUGCUGUUAGGACCACGCACGCCCAGAUAAAUAGAAGGUAUUCAUCCCAUUACUGACUUGUAAGCCAUCUACAAGAUACAUACUCUGGAGAGUUAUUUCGUGCAGAAUCUCCAGCCCCUGAUUUAUUGAUUUAAUAGUAUUUGAGCUCCUUGGCUAGGUAGAGGUGUUGCACAACAGAGUCUGGGUUAUUGUCUAAUACAUUUUGUUUGAUGUAAAUUUAUUUUUAAAUUGUUGAUUCAUCUCCAUAUGUUCUUUUCAAUAUGUGGUUUUCUGAUGAACUACCAUGGAGUUAAUCCUCUUAACUUCCAAUAGUUUUAUUUGGUUAAUCUUCUCGGUUGGAUUUUAGCAGUCAGAUACAAAAGAGUUGGGCCCAAAUAUACAAGGUGCAGCUGUUUAAGCAGUCAUUUCGAUCUCUUAUCAAUGCUCAUUUUACUAGGGCAAAAGUCUCCAACUCCAGAAGGAGAUACCUUACAAACAUCCUGCAACUCUAAUCUGCGAUGGGUGUACUCUGGUUUUCUCCGUUCCACUGUUGCCCAAACGUAACAUUCUCACUGCUCACAGCAUGCUUCAUGUGACAUUGAGUCUCUGUUUCUCCCUACCAGUAAAUCUGUUCCCUAUAGACAGCCCCAUUAUUGUAACCCAACAAGAUUCCAAAAUUCCAUUCUAAUUUCAAAAUGGUUGUAAGAUAUUGCUCAUUGUUGAUCAUAGAGAGGUAAAGGAGCAUAUGUUAGUUUAGACAUGGAUAUAUUAUAAAUGUAAGAUAAAAGGAACAGUUUUUAACAAAGAUUUAAAGGGUGUCUUAAAUAUUUAGCCAACUUAAUUGCUGCUGUUUAGUGGCCAUCUGGCACAAGUUAAAAGCUUGAUUCUUUGAGAGUAAUCAUUUUGGCGAUGUCUGCAGCUGACAGCUUUUUUAGCAUAUCAUUAUCCAAAGCCAUCUGAUCUCAGUAAUGUAAGUGAAAAGCACCCAGAUCUUGUUUAGUUUCCCUUCUUUUGAGCUGGAAUGUGAAGCGAUUAAAGCUGCUUUGUGGCA